GACGCUCCCCCGUGACGCUCCUCCCGCGUCAUCACUGAGCCUCUGACGUCGUAAUGCUGCGACGGUGCGUCAGCUUCAAACAUGGCUUCAAGAUUAGAAAUCAAUUUUAUCCGGUUAUUGUCCCGCUGUGAAUCUAUCGCUUCUGAGAAACGAGGAGAAACCGAAUGGAGGUUAGAAAAGUAUGUUGGUGCCCUGGAGGAGAUGCUGGUGGCUCUGAGGAAAAGCCUGAGCAAACCAACAACAGAAAUACUGACUGAAUAUUCAAGAAAAGUAGAUUUUCUCAAAGGACUCCUUGAGGCAGAGAAACUGUCUUCAGCAACAGAAAAGGCUUUGGCUAAUCAGUUCCUCGCCCCCGGGCGAACACCCACUAUAGCCAAUGAGAGGAUGCCUACCUCUAAAACCGUCCACAUGCAGACGAAGGCCCGGUGCACCGGAGAGAUGAGGGACGAGCUGCUCGGCACAGCACAUUCAGGCAACGGCACAUCGGAAACAGACUUGCGAAACAGAAGAGGUUUUCCACUGGAUGAGCGUCAGUCUGCUGCAGAGCUGGAGGCCGUCCUGCACCACCACCACAACCUGCAAGAGAAACUUGCCGAGGACAUGCUCAACCUGGCCCGAAACUUGAAGAACAACACUCUGGCAGCACAGAACAUCAUCAAACAGGACAACCAGGUUCUGAGCCAGUCCAUGCGUCAGGCCGACAUGAACUUUGAGAAGCUGAAGACGGAGUCGGAGCGACUGGAGCAGCACACCAAGAAGUCCGUCAACUGGUUCCUGUGGCUGAUGCUCAUCCUGGUCUCCUUCAGCUUCAUCAGCAUGAUCCUCUUCAUCAGGAUCUUCCCCAGACUUCGAUGAUGACCGCCUACAAUCCCGAACUCUUACCGCUACGCCCUCCUGUGUUUACAGAGAAGUACCUACAUAGGCCUCGUAGAUCUGCACAGCUUGUCUGUGUGUGUGAGAUGCAGAUCAGUAGUGGUCAGAACCAAAACAAUCGAAACAUUUGCACUUUUGAAACAAAAAUUCUUCCUCUAGACAAGCUGAUGGAAGUUAAAAAUGUGGUUUGAAGCAUCGGUGUACCUUUUUUCUUAACAGGAUAUAACAUUAAUCGAGGUGAAGAGCUUCUUGUUGGAGGGUUUAUGCGAGCAGCAACAUAAGUCUUAAAAGCCAAACGGCACGGGCUGAGCCUUAAUUGUUUUAAUCCCUCAUCAGGUAGGCUGCUAGCCAUUCUAUACAUGUGUGCACUUCUCACUUAGUGCAACCUAAGAAGAAAAAAUGUUUUCGCCAUGCAUGCAUCUUAAAAAGUUCAUGAGCCGUCCAUCCUCUACUGUUUAUUAGCCACAGUUUCUCCACUAUAUUGGGUUAAUUGAACAUGUAAAAAAAAUAGACUUAAAAACAGCUGUGGGUGUGCUAAAACGUUACUUUAACUGCCCCUAUUUGGCAUUUAUAUGCACAAUAUUAAUGUUUAAUAAAUGUUUUAUAACACUAUACUGUUGCUAAAAGGACAUUUUUAAGUGUUUGUCAACAAUUCUAACUUCUAUGAAGACAUUAUUAUGAUUAUAUUUACUAUAUUAUCAUUCAUUAUCUGUUUCUAGUCAAUAUAGUGUGUUUAUGAUCCAUUCAUUAAAUGUUUUUAUUGUGCUUAUUAAUGCUAAAUAAGGGGGUUAAAACAUUUUACUAAAAUGUAGUAUUAAUAUAAAUUGCAAAACAGAUUCCAAGCAUCAGUUCAAUUUUUCAUCUUCUGCGUUUAGUGUUGGAGACAUUCGUCUUUAGGAAGUUUAGAUCUUUGUGCCGUAAGUUAUCAGUUCACCACUCCUCAAUAUGUCCGAAUUCCCCCAGUCCAGUUUGUUGUUGAUGAGUCUGUAUGUGUUGGUGGUUUAUUCCAUAAAUGUCCAUCAGGUGAUGAUGUGUGUUAUGUUGGUGAUGACUGCUGAUGUUGAUGAAGUAAGAUUUUGUUCUCAUUAAAAUGACUGUAACCGCG